AUGUAUGUAUGUAUCUAUCUAUCUAUCUAUAUAUAUAUAUAUAUAUGUCUGUUCAUAUCUAUCUUUCUAUCGCAUACUGUUCAUAUCUAUCUAUUUAUCUAUCUAUCUCAUUCUGUUCAUAUCUAUCUAUCUCAGCUAGCUAUCUAUCUAUCAAUCUCAUUCUGUUCAUAUCUAUCUCAGCUAGGUAAAUAUCUAUCUAUCUAUCUAUCUAUCUAUCUAUCUAUCUAUCUAAGUCUGUUCAUGUCUCUCUUUUUGUUACAUACUGUUCAUGUCUAUCUAUCUAUCUAUCUUUCUCAGUCAGUUCAUAUCUAUCUAUCUAUCUAUCUAUCUAUCUGUUUUUAUUCUAUUCAUAUCUAUCUAUCUAUCUAUCUAUCUAUUUUUAUUCUAUUCAUAUCUAUCUAUCUAUCUAUCUAUCUGUUUUUAUUCUUUUUAUAUCUAUCUAUCUUUUUUACUCUGUUCAUAUCUAUCUAUUGCUUUUUUAAUUCUAUACAUAUCUAUCUAUCUAUCUAUCUAUCUAUCUUUUUCUCUCUGAAUUUCUGGGAUGAGAGUUGUUUCUUUCAAAUAUUUUACUUUUACCCCUUUAUUCUUUUUUUUCAAACUUUUUCCUUUCUUUUCAAAUUCAUUUAUUUCUUUCUUUUCCUUCUUUUAUCUCAAUUUUCUUUUUUUUCCUGUUGGCCAUCUUUAUUUUCUUCUUGUUUUUAUUCAUAUAUUCUUUUGUACUCUAAAUAUAUUUUUCUUCAUUUUUCUUCACACUGCAAUUUUUACUCUUUCUUUUAUCUCAGUUUUAUGAAGCUUUUCUCUUUCUCAAGCAUUUAUUCCUACUUUUUCUUUCUUUUAUUUAUUCAUUCUUUCUUUCUAUUCAGUCUUUUUUUCAAUGACAUUGUCCCCUGCUUUAUUUUUUAUUUCAUACAUUCUUUUUUCUUUUCUGACUUAUUUUUUCUUCUUUUUUCUUUCAUUCUUUUUCUUUCUUUUUUAUUGUCUUCUUCCUUUCCUUUCUUUCUUUUUUCAUUUCUUUUUCUACCCUUAAUUUCUUUUUUCUCACCCUUCUUUUUUACUACUUUCUUCUUUCUUUCCUUCUUUGUCCUCUUCCCUUCAUCUCUCUUCCUUCCUUCCUCCCUUCCUUCCUUCCUUCCUUCCUUCCUUCCUUCCUUCCUUCCUUCAUUCAUCCAUUGUUUCUUUUCUCUUCACUUUUUCAAUCUAUUUUCAGUAAUCCUUCAUCUCUUUCUAUGUUACUUCUUUCUUUCAUUUUUAAUUAUAUUCUUUUUUUCCUUCAUUCUUUCUUCUUUCAAAUCAAACAUUCUCGCUAUCAUAUUUUUUCAUUCAUAUUCUUUUUUCCUUCAUUCUUUCUUUCUUUCUGACAUAUUAUUCCUUUUUACUCCCUCUGCUUAUCAUUUAUUUUUAUCUUUUUUGUUCUCACUUUCUUUCCCCUCAUUCUUCUGA